GAGAACUGUCAUGGCGAGUCCCGCCGCGUCCUCGGUGCGACCGCCGAGGCCCAAGAAAGAGCCGCAAGCGCUCGUCAUCCCCAAGAAUGCGGCGGAAGAGCAGAAGCUCAAGCUGGAGCGGCUCAUGAAGAACCCGGACAAAGCAGUUCCAAUUCCAGAAAAAAUGAGUGAAUGGGCACCUCGACCUCCCCCAGAAUUUGUCCGAGAUGUAAUGGGUUCAAGCGCUGGCGCAGGCAGCGGAGAGUUCCAUGUGUACAGGCAUCUGCGCCGGAGAGAAUAUCAGCGACAGGACUACAUGGAUGCCAUGGCUGAGAAGCAAAAAUUGGAUGUAGAGUUUCAGAAGAGACUGGAAAGGAAUAAAAUUGCUGCAGAGGAGCAGACAGCAAAGCGUCGAAAAAAGCGCCAAAAGUUAAAAGAGAAGAAAUUAUUGGCAAAGAAGAUGAAACUUGAACAGAAGAAACAAAAAGAAGUUUUGGCACCCUGGCCAGGUGGCUCAGUUGGAUCCAGUCAGAACCAAGAGCAGCCAUCCAGUAGUUCUGAGGAGACAUCUGGGACAGAGGAGGAGAAAGAGGAAGAGCCCAGCUUCAUCAUGGGGCGAUGACAGUGUUGGCUACAGUGGCUUUCUGGAGCCCAGGGCCUCAGAAAAUCUCCACAUGACCCAAGGAGAAAGGCGACUGUUUGAACUGUCUCUCCCCCAAGGCCUCGCUGGAUAGAAGCCAUCCUGACUGCUUGUGGCCCUGCCAGUAGGGACAGAGAAGACUGUCUCCUGGACACUCAAGGGCAUUGCCAAGCGGAGUUCAUUCAUGUUCCCGCUAAAGGGGGGAAACGUAUAACCUUCUGCCCCUGCUGUCUGUUUUCACAUAUUUGUACAUUGAUGAGUUUUGGGCUGGUAUCUGUGAAAGGAAUGUUUAUUUAUUAAAGAACAGAAAAACUUGAGGUUUUGAUUGGGCCUGUGAAGUGCCAAAGUGUAGGGAAGGCUGUGAAAAUUAGGUGAUGGGAAUGAGGCCUGUUACACGGGCCUGUUCCCAGACUCAUUGAGUGAAAUGGCCUUAGUUCUGGAGCUGACUUGCACUGCAGGGCACCUGACCUCCAUUUCCUUCAGCUGAGAGUGCAGACUGCACCUCAGAACAUGUGCCCCUGCCCAGUUGCUCCCAGGACACAGGUGUGUUUUGGGAAGCCUUGGGCAUAUGCAAAGGGAGAUGUGGUAUGCAACCAGGGAAAAUGAUUGGAGGAUAAUAAAGAAGCAGGUGGAGAAUCCAGGCUGGGCUGAACCAGAGUAGAGGACAUGGGGAAUCCUUGCCGGACUAGAAGGGGGAGGAGGUGGGAAUCCAUGGCCCAAAGUGUCUUCAUCCUGAGGUCAAGGGGGUUCUAAUCAGAAAUUUGAGGUUGCCUUUCAGGCAACAGGAAGGACAGAGAUGGUUUCUAAUUAGAGCCUUUGCUCACUUUUUGGAUUAUCUCCAUCUCCAAAUUUCUAAGAAUAUCUCACUGCUUUUAUGGAAUUGGAUAGAAUUAAGGAUCAUGGUUUUGAGUGAAUGUUUUCUUCCACUUUUAUAGUAUUGAUUUCCCUGAGCUGGGCCAGGUGACAUUUGUGAUCAUUUCUGCCCUUUCAGCAGUUCAAAUCACAGGAAUUUUUUUGUAAACUUCCCUAUUUUAUUGUAAUACAUCAAAGUCUGGUUAAUAUUAAGUGAUUCACAGGAGUUUUUCUUUUCCUGGAAGCUGAAAUGGAAAGUCAACCCUAAUAAAUAAACACACACACUCUGGCCUUACA